AUGCACGCUACGCGUUUAUGAGGGGGACUUAGGGUUUUGCAUAACAUCUGUACUCUCAGUUGAAGAGGCGCCGGUCCUGAGAGAGAGAGACAGGGAGAGCCUAGCUUGAGAGAGAAAUUUAGAGAGGCGCCACAAUGAGUAAGUUGCAGAGUGAUACUUUGAGGGAAGUCAUCGGCAAGGUGAUGGGUGAUGCAAAGAAGAAGAACCGUAAAUUCACAGAAACAAUUGAGCUUCAAAUCGGGUUGAAGAACUAUGAUCCACAGAAAGAUAAGCGUUUCAGUGGCUCAGUUAAAUUACCCCAUGUUCCUAGGCCGAAGAUGAAAGUCUGCAUGCUUGGAGAUGCUCAGCAUGUUGAAGAGGCAGAGAAGAUGGGAUUAGACUAUAUGGAUGUUGAGGGGCUAAAGAAGCUUAAUAAAAACAAGAAGCUGGUGAAGAAACUCGCGAAGAAAUAUCAUGCUUUUCUCGCAUCUGAAGCAGUCAUCAAGCAAAUUCCAAGGCUUCUUGGACCUGGUCUCAACAAGGCGGGGAAGUUCCCAACUCUGGUUUCUCACCAAGAGUCAUUGGAAUCCAAGGUGAAUGAAACAAAGGCCAUUGUCAAAUUUCAACUAAAGAAGGUCCUCUGCAUGGGAGUUGCUGUAGGAAAUUGCGCCAUGGAGGAGAAGCAAGUGUUCCAAAAUGUUCAAAUGAGUGUUAACUUUUUGGUGUCUCUCUUGAAGAAGAACUGGCAAAAUGUCAGGUCUUUGUAUCUCAAGAGUACUAUGGGGAAGGCUCAUCCGCUAUUUUAAGUGGGUUUUUUUUUUGGAGCUUCGUUUUUUGGAUUCAUUCAGAGUCAAAAGGAAAGGAAACAUUACAUGUUUGUUGAAGUCGUUACCAUGUUCUCUCUUUUCAUCUUCUUAGUAACAAUGAGAUUGGACUUGCUUGCUCCGAAGCUUUAACAUUUUUGAUUCUAGGGUUUAUUGCCAUGUUGGACAAUGAGGACUCCCUAUUUUGUUUUGUUUUUCUUGUUUUAUAUGAUAGUUUCAAAUCUCUCAUUC